UAAAUGACGAAACUGACCCUCCGUCUUCAUGCUGCGCCCAUUCCUAUAUAAACCCAGUCGGAGCUGACAGAACACGUCCCCUUCCCUUGUCACUGGUUGGCCUCACAUCUCCUAACGUACACUUUCUCUCUCUCCUCUCCCCAAUUUCGACACCGACACGAUCCAUCUGAACAAUCCAGAUCCCAGUCACAUCAAUGGCGUCCGAGAACGAUGGAUCCAGAUCCGACUCCGUUACCACUCCCAACGGAGAUUCCAUCGCCGCGGCAAUGCCGAGGAAGAUAGCUCUGAUCACCGGAAUUACCGGUCAGGAUGGAUCGUACCUGACGGAGUUCCUGCUUGGCAAAGGCUACGAGGUCCACGGCCUUAUUCGCCGGUCGUCCAACUUCAACACGCAGCGAAUCAAUCACAUCUACGUCGAUCCUCACAACAUCCACAAGGCUCGCAUGAAGCUCCACUACGGCGAUCUCACCGACGCCUCCUCGCUCCGCCGGUGGCUCGACGUCAUCAAACCCGAUGAGGUCUACAACCUGGCCGCUCAGUCGCACGUCGCAGUCUCCUUCGAGAUCCCGGACUACACGGGCGAUGUCGUCGCUACUGGAGCUCUGCGCCUCCUCGAGGCCGUCAGAUCUCACAUCUCCGCCACUGGCCGGAUCGUCAAGUACUAUCAGGCCGGAUCCUCCGAGAUGUUCGGAUCCACUCCGCCUCCGCAGUCCGAGACCACACCGUUUCAUCCGAGAUCUCCCUACGCCGCGUCCAAGUGCGCGGCUCACUGGUAUACCGUCAAUUACCGAGAAGCCUACGGUCUAUUCGCCUGCAACGGUAUUCUGUUCAACCACGAGUCACCGCGUCGGGGCGAGAACUUCGUGACUCGGAAAAUAACUCGGGCGGUGGGACGGAUCAAGGUGGGAUUGCAGCGGAAGCUAUUCCUGGGAAACCUCCAGGCAUCGAGGGACUGGGGAUUCGCGGGGGACUACGUGGAGGCAAUGUGGCUGAUGCUGCAGCAGGAGAAGGCGGACGAUUACGUGGUGGCGACAGAGGAGUCGCACACAGUGGAGGAAUUCCUGGAGGUAGCGUUUGGGUACGUGGGGCUGAAAUGGAAAGACCAUGUGGAGAUAGACAAGAGAUACUUCAGGCCGGCGGAGGUGGAUAACCUGAAAGGAGACGCGGGGAAGGCGAAGGAGGAGUUGGGGUGGAAGCCGAGAGUAGGGUUCGAGCAGCUGGUGAAGAUGAUGGUGGAGGAAGAUCUGGAGCUGGCCAAGAGGGAGAAGGUGCUCGUGGAUGCUGGUUACAUGGAUCCUCAGCAGCAACCUUGAUCCGACACCCCUACCUUCAACUUUAAUCAUUAUCUGAUGAUUUGGAUUUAAUUUUAAAUUUCUUGUUUUUUUUUUUGUGCGGCCUCCUAUCCGUAAGUUACGAUUUAGUUCAACUUGAUUGUGCAUGCACGGAACAGAGUCAUUUUGUUU